AUUUAGACCGUAGGGUGGACAGCCAGGCCCAGAGGGCUCUGCACACAACAUUUCCUCACCUUCGCCCUGGCCUGUCUCAUGGAAGGCUAGGUCAUUUUAUAGAAAUGAUCUCCCCGAAUGGGAGCAGUGGGAAAAUGAGGGUACACUGACCGGUAACUGGACGUUUGGAAUGGGAAGUCCAGGAAACAGCCAUAGAAAGACUAACCAGUGUGCCAUUAGGGUGCAAGUCUCUUGGCUCUUCUCGCCAGCCGUCCACACCCCCGCACCUGCCCCCCCAGACUUCCCGCCCUCGCAAAGGAUUGUGGGCCAGCCCCCCACAGCCGCUGGGGAAAACGCUCGGCGUCCGGGCCCCUCACCCACCCGCCGACGCCUUCCCGCGAGUCGGGCCUGGCGUUUGGGGGUUUCUGAGUCUGUUAGAGCUUCACGGCCUGCCUAGUUCAAGAAGAUAGCUGGAAAAGAUGUCACGGACUGUUCAUCUUCCAGUACCCUGUCCUGUUCAGCUUGGUACCUUAAGAAAUGACUCCUUAGAAGCUCAGCUUCAUGAGUAUGUUAAACAGGGGAAUUAUGUGAAAGUUAAGAAAAUUCUUAAGAAAGGAAUUUACGUUGAUGCCGUUAACUCCCUGGGCCAGACAGCACUUUUUGUUGCAGCAUUAUUAGGCCUGACGAAAUUAGUUGAUGUUCUGGUGGAUUAUGGGUCAGAUCCAAAUCACCGCUGCUUUGAUGGGAGCACCCCUGUCCACGCGGCAGCAUUUUCAGGCAAUCAAUGGAUCCUCAGCAAACUGCUUGAUGCAGGGGGUGACCUGCGACUCCAUGAUGAGAAAGGGCAAAACCCGCAGACCUGGGCCUUGGCAGCAGGGAAGGAGCGCAGCACCCCGAUGGUGGAGUUUAUGCAGCGCUGUGCCUCCCACAUGCAGGCCAUCAUCCAGGGCUUCUCCUACGACCUCCUGAAGAAGGUAGACUCUCCACAUCGGCUCAUCUGCAGCCCGCCCUGGUUUGGGGGACUCAUGCAGGGAAACCCUAAUGGCUCUCCUAACCGAUUACUUAAAGCUGGGGUCAUUUCUGCUCAAAAUAUCUACAGCUUUGGCUUUGGGAAGUUUUAUCUCACAGGGGGGACACAGCUCGCCUGUUUAGGGUCUCUUCCCAUAAUUGGAGAAAAGGAAGUGAUUCAAGCUGACGAUGAGCCCACCUUCUCUUUCUUCAGCGGCCCCUUCAUGGUCAUGACCAACCUGGUGUGGAAUGGGAGCAGGGUCACAGUGAAGGAGCUGAACCUCCCCACCCAUCCACACUGCAGCAGACUACGACUGGCAGACUUGUUAAUUGCCGAGCAGGAACACAGCAGCAAACUGCGGCACCCCCACCUGCUGCAGUUGAUGGCUGUGUGCCUAUCCCAGGACCUGGAGAAGACUCGCCUUGUGUACGAGCGCAUCACAGUGGGCACGCUGUUCAGUGUCCUCCAUGAACGACGGUCUCAGUUCCCGGUGCUGCACAUGGAGGUGAUUGUGCACUUGCUGCUGCAGAUCUCUGAUGCCCUGAGAUACCUGCAUUCCCGAGGCUUUAUCCACCGCUCCCUCAGCUCCUACGCUGUCCACAUUGUCUCUGCAGGGGAAGCGAGGCUCACCAACCUGGAGUACAUGAUGGAAAGCCAGGAUGGAGGUGUACACAGGGACCUGACUCGAGUACCUCUCCCCAGCCAACUGUACAACUGGGCUGCACCAGAAGUGAUCUUACAGAAGGCAGCCACGGUGAAGUCAGACAUCUACAGCUUCUCUAUGAUCAUACAGGAGAUUUUAACAGACAACGUACCUUGGAAUGGUUUAGAUGGCUCGGUUAUUAAAGAAGCUGUAGUCUUGGGAAAUUAUUUAGAAGCAGAUGUCAGGCUUCCGAAACCUUACUAUGAUAUCGUUAAGUCAGGCAUCCAGGUCAGGCAGAAAGACCGAACUAUGAAUCUUCAAGAUAUCCAGUACAUUCUGAAGAACGACUUAAAGGAAUUUAUUGGAGUACAGAGAACUCAACCAACUGAGAGCCCCAGGGUGGAGAGAUAUGAACCUCAUCCUGAUGUCUAUCUAGGACUGACUUCAGAACAUCCAAAAGACACCCUUGACUUGGAAAUCAAAGAAUUGAAAGAAAUGGGCAGUCCACUUCAUUCACCAAGGGGUCACUCUUCUCCCACUGAGGAAGCCACAUUGGAUCCUGUGACCCCAGAACCAAGUGUGAUGGCCCAGGAGGCUGUGCAUCAGCCUGCUCCUUCUCUUGCUCAUUUGGUGGCAGAAGAGGCGAGGAGCCCCAGCACCAGUCAGGCGAGCCUCUGCAGCUUCGAAAUCAAUGAAAUCUACUCAGGCUGUUUGAACCUGGGAGAUGACAAAGAGGAAGAGACCCCAGGAGCUGCUUCAUCUCCUGAGGGGGAGAGACCAAACCAGGCAGACGAACUGCAAUCCAUGGAGGAAGAGUUGGAUAAGAUGGAGAGAGAGGCAUACUGUUUGUGUGCUGACAAGAGCUCUUCAGAGACUGACCCAGAGCUCUCCUUUGGGGACUGGGACUGGCAGAAUGACUCACUCAGUUCGCCCAGCCUCCCUGAGUCAACCAGAGAAGUGCAGGGCCCUGUGAGCAACAGGUCCAUGACUGAAGAGUACAUCAGUAAGUGUGUCCUGAACCUGAAGAUCGCGCAGACACUGAUGCACCAGAGUGCUGAUCUGCUGAGGGAUACCCAGCAGGAAAUAGGUCAGCUGGAGGUGAUGCAUAACGAGCAGGAGGAGUGCAGGUCUCUGUGGGAAGCUUCACGAGAAUUUGCAAAUGUCUGUCGCUCACCUUCAGCCCUGGGCCCUCCAGCUCCAAGUUACAUUCCUCCUGCCAUGCAUCUGUCAGGGGGCCAGCAGCCAGACACCAGGGGCAGUUGCCUAACCCUAGCAAGGUCUCCAAGAACAGCGAGAGAUUUUCAGGGAGGACAUUUUGGCAAAAGGCCCAGAAAAAGAAGUGGCUGUGACUGGAAACCUCUCACCCAAGUUUCUGAAGAAAGUUCUGGGCAUCAGUCAGAGACAAGUCAUCAGACUACUCUUGGUGGCUCUGGGAAAGACAAUACAGGUGAGCAGUUUCAGCACACUGAAGGAGCCAAGGUCAGUUUGGACAGAAGCCGAAACCAAAGUACUAGUAGCCAAGGAGGGUCUAGAGAGUUGAAUGCCCAAGCCAAAGGCACACAACUAAAUAGUGCAUUCUUCACUGUGUCAAGCCACCCACGAGGAGCUUCUGGAUCCCCCAGCCCUAGCCAGGACUCUACCAAUAUUAGUGUGGAAGCUGUGACUAAUGAAAUCUGUAAUGCAAAGUCAAGAAAUGAAGAUGAUGGAAAGGUACACUUAAAAUGGAAAAUGGAAGUGGAAGCAAUAGCAGAGAAAGCAGCUACUGGACAGCUCACAGUACCUCCUUGGCAUCCUAGGAGUAGUUUGACCUUAGAGUGUGAGGCUGAAAACAAGCCUGAUCCUCUGCUGCAACCCCCUGCUAGGGGCCCUGAGAACAUGAAUUGGCAGCGAGCUGUAGAGUAUCACAGGGAUAAGGAUGAACCAGCAGGAAACAACAAGUUUGACAGAUUGGACCACAGUGACUGUGACCAGCAUAGCAGACAGCCUGGGCCUCGGAGCUUCACCAGUAUCAGGCACCUGUCCCUUGGAGAAAAUGAGCAGCCAGAGUAUAGUGAAGCCUUUCAAGCAAGUUCUGAGGCAUCUGUGGUCAUCGAGAAGUCUUACAGUGAUCGGUCUGUGCAAUCAUCUUGCUCACCAGAGACUUCUGAGGACAUAACAGAUGAAUUUUUAACUCCAGACCAUGAAUAUUUUUACUCCUCAACUGUUCGAGAAAACUUAGAUCUAGAGGUAAAAAUUAGAAUCAGCACUUCAAGUCCCAUAGAAGACUUUGAAGGAGUACAAGGAACAUUGGCUCAACCUCAAGUCUCUGGUGAAGAAAAGUUCCACCUUGGAAAGAAUGCUGAGACUUUGACGAGGUCUCAAUUCCAGCCUAUACAAAGUACUGAAGGUGAACAAGAGCAAGCAUUAAAGAAGCCACCAAAAGAACUGAAGGAUAAAGACAUCUCGCUGAUAGACAUUCAGGACCUGUCUAGUAUCACCUAUGAGCAAGAUGGCUCUUUUAAGGAAGUCUCAAGCAAGACACCCAAAGUAACCCAUGCACCUACUAGUGUCAGCACUCCACUCAGCCCAGGGUCAGCUUCUUCAGCUGCCAGUCAGUAUAAAGACUGCCUUGAAGAUAUCACAUUUCAGGUUAAAACAGAAGCUACUUGUUGCUGGAACAAUCAAGAAUCGAUUCAAACUUUGUCUGGUAAAUCUGCAACUGUCCGAGAGAGAGCAAGGAGUCUAGAAUCUCUCUUUCCUUCCACUGAAACAUCUUCCAGACUGACUGAUGUGAAAAGAUUGCCUGCGUGUCCUGGGGCUUGUUCCUCCAGCAUUGCUAUUGCUAAGGCAUCUGACAUAUCACUUCAUGCCUUCCAGAAAAGGAGCCUGCCUAAAGAACUAAUAGAAGCUAUCUCCCAGCAUCACAUUGAUGAGCUACCACCACCGUCUCAAGAACUUCUUGAUGAAAUUGAGUGCUUGAAGCAACAGCAGGCCUCAUCCACUGCAUUGCAUGAGAACACAGCACAUGAUCCGGUCAUCACUGCAAAUGAUCACAAACAUUUAGAAGAACAAGAAACUGAUAGUAAAAAAGAAGAUAGCAGUAUGCUUUGGACCAAAGAAACCCAGGAUCUAGAAGAGGACACAGAGAGAAGCCAAUGCCAGUCGUACUCUUGGUCCUCCGAAACUGUGAGUUAAAUAAGCCCUUUAUUUUUUAAAAAGUAAAGUAUUCGUUCUCAGGUUUUGUUUUGUAGCAUCACUGAACAGGUUAAGACAAUGGUGGAGAAAAAUUAAAGGGCUUUCUUUAAGUGCAUGACUGAAAAAAGUAAGAGAGAAUCGUCCCAUCAGAUAGUAAGGUACAGUGUAAAGCUGCAAUAAUUGGGCUGGCUAUUUAGCACAGCAGUUAAGAUGCUGGUCAAGUUGCCCUUGUCCUAUAUUGCAGCACCUGGGUUCUAGUCUCAGCUCUGCUUCCCAUUCCAGCUUCCUGCUGAUGUGCACCCUGGAGACUGCAGAUGAGGGCUCAAACACCUGGGUCCCUGCCACCUGCUUAGGAGACCUGGAUUGAGCACCAGGCUCCAGCCUUCAGCUGGGCCCAGCCCUGACUGUUGUGGGCAUUUGAGAAAUGAGCCAGCAGAUAGUAGUUUUCUGUCUCUGUCUCUCUGCAUUUCAAAUGUAUACAAAAUAAAUAAACAUCUUAAAGGCUGCAAUUAUUGACAAGGUAUGACAUUGAUAUAGAAAUGGAAAGAUAUAUAGAAUAUAAUAGACUAAAAAAAUCACCUUGAAGUGUAAAGGUUGGGAAUUUAGCAUAUGAGAUGAUGUGUGUCAAACCAGAUUCUUUUUUUUUUUUUUUUUUUUUUUUUGACAGGCAGAGUGGACAGUGAGAGAGAGACAGAGAGAAAGGUCUUCCUUUUGCCGUUGGUUCACCCUCCAAUGGCCACCGCGGCCGGCGUACCGCACUAAUCCGAAGGUAGGAGCCAGGUGCUUUUCCUGGUCUCCCAUGGGGUGCAGGGCCCAAGGACUUGGGCCAUCCUCCACUGCACUCCCGGGCCACAGCAGAGAGCUGGCCUGGAAGAGGGGCAACCGGGACAGAAUCCGGCGCCCCGACCGGGACUAGAACCUGGUGUGCUGGCGCCGCUAGGUGGAGGAUUAGCCUAGUGAGCCGCAGCGCCGGCCUCAAACCAGAUUCUUUAAUAGAUGAUACUGGGAUAACUUACUAGUUGUUUGGAAAGAUAUAAAAACUGGGUCCUUGUACCAAAAAAUAAAUAUCUGUUUAAUCAAGUAUUUAAAUGUAAAAACAGAUAUAAAAAUUAAGAAAAUAUAGGUGACUAUUUUAUAGUCUUGGAGUGAAGAAAGCUUUUUUUUUAAGGUUUUAUUUAUUUACUUGAAAUGCAGAGUUACAGAGAGAGGACAAAAGGGAGGAAGAGAGAGAGAGAUCUUCCGUCUGCUGGUUCACGCUCCAAAUAGCAACAAUAGCCAGGACUGGGCCAGGCUGAACUCAGGAGCCUGGAGCUUCAUCCCACAUGAAUGCAGGGGCCCAAGCACUUGGGCUGUCUACUGCUGCUUUCUCAGGUGCAUGAGCAAGGAGCUGGAUUGGAAGUGGAGCAGCUGGGACUCAAACCAGCACCUGUAUGGGAUGGUGGCAUCACAGGUAGCAGCUUAACCAGCUGUGCCACAAUUCCAGCCCCUGAAGAAAGCUUUUCUAAGCCAUGGUCUCAGGGUGAGAAGAGAUAUCGAUUUUAGUACAUAAAAAUGUAAAAUUUCUUUACUACCAAUAUUUCCUGAACAAGGAUAAAGCCAACAAACAUGGUGAGAAUAAUUGCAAUAUACUAAUACACAAAAAGAUUGUAUUCCUAAUAUUCAAAGAUCUGUAGAAAAGAUAAACAACCUAAUAGAAAAAUAGGUAAAGAAUUCACAACAAAAGCAAUACAUAUGGACAAUUAGCAUAUUAAAAGAUGUCCAGUUUCAUUAGUAAAAGAAAUGCAAAGUAAAACAGGAUAUUGAGGAAAAAUACUGGUAAUAUCUCCAGUGAGUGAGAGUGUGGAGAAACAGACAUCAUUCGCUGUGUUGGGGAACAAAUUGGUAUUACUUAUCUGAAGGAAUAUUUGUCAUUAUGUAUUUUAUAUUUUUAAAUUUUUAAAAAGCAUUUAUUUGCUUACUUGAAAGGCAGAGUGAUGGGGGAGGGGGGGUGAGAGAGAGAGAGAUCUUCCAUCUGCUGGUUCCCUCCCCAAAUGGCUGCAGUGGCCGGAUGUGGGUCUGGUGGAAACCAGGAGCCUAGAACUCCAUCUGGUUCUCCCACAUGGGUGACAGGGACGCAAGUACUUGGCCCAUCGUAGGCUGCCUUCCCAGCAGUGUUAGCAGGGAGCUGGAUAGGAAGCAGAGCAGCCUGGACUAGAACUGGUUCUGUGAUGUGGGAUGCCAGCAUUGCAAGUGGCAGCUUCAACCCUUUGCACCACAAUACUGCUUGUAGUGUGUAUUUUAAAUAUGAAAAUUUUUUGAACUUCAAGUUCCUUUUAAACCAUUAUUUUAGAAAUUUUAUCAUACAUGUAAGUCACUUGGAGAUCCUGUUAAAAUAGAAUCUGAAUGAGUAGGGUUGAGGGGAACCCCAAGCUUCUGCAUGUAUUUUUUAAAAAUAUUUAUUUACUUAUUUGAAAGGCAGAGUUACAGAGAGGCAGAGAGAAAGAGAGAGAGAGAGAGAGAGAGAGAGAGAGAGAGAGAGAGAGUCUUCCACCCACUGGUUCACUCCCCAAAUGCCCACAAUGGCCAGAGCUGGGACGAUCCAGAGCCAGGAGCCAGAAGCCUCUUUCAAAGGUCUUCCACCUCUUUCAUGUCUUCCCCUUCCAGUCCUUCUGAAGGACUUGAGCCAUCCCCUACUGCUUUCCCAGGCCAUAGCAGAGCUGCAUGGGAAGUAAAGCAGCUGGGACUUGAACCAGUGCCCAUAUGGGACGCUGGCACUGCAGGUGGUGGCUUUACCCGUUAUGCCAUGGCACCAGCCUCUUCUGCAUGUAUUAAGCUCCCAGGUGGUGCUGAUGCUGCUGUCUCCUGUACAAUUUUUUUAAUAGAGAGGAAUUUGUUUCUUUUUUUUUUUUAAGAUUUAUUUAAUUACUUGAAAGAGUUACAGAGAAGGAGAGAGAGAUCUUUCUUCUAGCGGUUCACUCCCCAGAUGGCCACAUGGCUGGGAAUAAGUCAGGCCAAAGCCAGGAGCGUCUUCCAGGUCUACCCACAUUUAGGCCAUUCUCCCCUGCCUUUCCCAGGCCAUUAGCAGGAAGCUGGAUCAGAAGUGGAGCAGCCGGGAUACAUACUGGCAUCCAUAUGGGAUGCCAGCAUCGCAGGCUGUGGCUUUAUCUACUACCACAAUGUGAGCCUGAGACGUCUUUUUUCCGAAGCAGUGGUCCUUAACCCUGGGUGUGCAUUAAAACCACCAGAGGAGUUUUUAAUCAAAAACUGAUGCACAGACUUCAUCCCUCAAUUACUUGAUUGAGUUCAUUUUAAAAGCCUGGACUCCUUUCUCUCUGUCUCUCUCUCUCACUGUCCACUCUGCCUGUCAAAAAAAAAAAAGAAAGAAAGAA